AACCCGCCAGCGAUCUCGCAUUAUCGGCCUCUUCUUCACGCCUUUGCACGGCUCCGCUAAGCGGGUUGAUUAGGAGAAGGACGGGCUCGGACAAGAGAGAGGUGGCCCAGAGAUCUGGAUUGGGAUUUUGCUGCCAUUCCAACCGUCCAGAAAGAUGGAUUCAUUUCUACAAAUGCUUUAAAACAACCAGUCUCAGGAAUGUGAUGUUACGCCUUUUCUCGUUUGUUUUAUUCGCCGAAGCCAAUCGCAUGUGGGACAGUAGCUAGCCGAACACCUUUUAAUAGCCAUCUUUUGUAGACAAAAGACGGCUACGAAGAAUUAACCAAGAAUAAAAGAGGUCCUGGUCUCCAUUCUAUGGAGAAAGUUGGCAAGAUGUGGGGUAACCUCAGGAAUAGAUGCCAAGCCCUCUUCCACAACGAUGGCUCAGAUUCCAGUCUGUGUAACCAGGAUAUAGAUUGUGUCCAGGAUAUAGACCAUAUCCAGUGUGUGGUGGACUUGGGCAGAGGAGCACAUGCAGGUGAACCCUAUGAAACAAGGUCUUCAAUCCCCUCACGGACCUUGUCACCACUCCCAGUGGUGACUGGAGGAUGCAGAGGACAUAACUGUGUGGCAAAUAUUCCCGAGAUAGUAGAAAUCACCAUUGACAAAGAGAGUGAGGAUGUCCGGAGGGGCCCUCUUGUGCGUAGAGACUCCUAUUCCCGUCAUGCUCCCUGGGGAGGUAAAAAGAAGCAUUCAUGCUCAACUAAAACACAAAGUUCACUUGAGGCCGACAGGCGAACAGGACGCUCUAGAGGAAGUACAGCCAGGAGGGAGCGUCGCUAUGGGGUUAGCUCUAUCCAAGAGAUAAAUGAUUCUGUAGUAGUUGGCAGCAGUGGGCGCAGCCUUAGUGCCCUCUCUCUGCGGCAGCGACUUAGGGACACCGUAGGCCUCUGCCUCCCUCUGCCCAUGCACCGUCGUUCUCAGUCAGCCAAAGGUCAGGUUUCCUCCAAACGUAAGAUCCACCUGACCGAACUGAUGCUAGAGACAUGCCCUUUCCCUCCUGGUUCUGAUCUGGCCAACAAGUGGCACCUUAUUAAGCAGCAUACGGCGCCAGUCAGCCCUCAUUCCUCAACUGCUCUUUUGGAUGCAUUUGAUUCAGUGCAUACCUCCCCUGAGGAUGAAGAGGAGAGGCUUCGUGAACGACGCAGGCUUAGUAUAGAGGAAGGAGUUGACCCUCCUCCAAAUGCACAAAUCCAUACACUGGAGGCAACUUCACAGAGCUCUUCCCUCUACAAAAUGGGACCAAAGAUGGCUCCUGGUGUCGGGGAUGGACUUGGGGAGGGCAGGAGCCUGGGAACAGUCUCCUCUAUUUCUGGGGGGUUGUCUGGGAUAGCCACACAGGUUGUGGCGAGUAUGACAGUGUUAUCCCACCCUGUUGACUGUGAUUCUGAGGAAGACUCCACUACCCUCUGCUUACAGACAAGGAGACCCAAGCAGAGGCAUGCCUCUGGGGAUGCUCACUGCUCCAGACAGCUGGGGCCUUGGAAGGUCCACACACAGAUUGACUAUAUCCAUUGUUUGGUGCCUGACUUACAGGCCAUAACUGCACUUCCCUGUUAUUGGGGAGUGAUGGACCGGUACAAGGCAGAAGCACUGCUGGAUGGACGGCCUGAAGGCACCUUCCUGCUGCGCGACUCCGCACAGGAGGACUACUUAUUCUCUGUAAGUUUUCGGCGCUAUAACCGCUCGCUGCAUGCACGCAUCGAACAAUGGAAUCACAACUUUAGCUUUGAUGCACAUGACCCCUGUGUCUUCCACUCUUCCACGGUAACAGGCCUACUAGAGCACUAUAAAGACCCUAGUGCCUGUAUGUUUUUUGAGCCUUUGCUCACUGCUCCGUUACACCGGACCUUCCCUUUCAGUCUUCAGCACCUGGCGCGAGCCGCCAUUUGCCGACACACCAGCUACGAUGGCAUUGGUGUCCUUCCACUGCCUCCAACCAUGCAGGACUUCCUUAAGGAGUAUCACUACAAACAGAAAGUGCGUGUACGCUGGCUGGAGAGAGAGCCACCGCUCAAGGUCAAAUGAGGUGUGACUCUGUGCCUGAGGGAUGCAGGAGUGUGGGCAAGAGCCAUGAUGCCAGAGGAGUGUGUGGCUCAUUAUCCAUCAUAUAGCUGACUUUAGAUGUAUGCGGUGGAGGAUGUUAUAAACUUCACAUUUUUUUUGUAGUUAAUACAACAUAUGGAAUUUAUAAGUAUGAUUCAAAGCAGUACAUGCUGUCGGGCUAGCUUGUGUGCUGAAGUGUUCAGCAUGCUGGGAAUGAGAUGGUUUCUUUCUCAUUGCUCUUUUUCUCUGGAUCUGCAUUUGUCUGCCCUUAUGCCCCCAGCAUUCUCUUUUGUAGUGUAUUACACUAUUUUGAGCAGUAUACAAGAGUGUUGUCACAUUGUUUUGUUGGCAAAUUGAUGACUUAUAAGCUUAGUCCAGUGUUAAAAUAUAUACACGUAACUUUUGGAACUCCUCACACCUGAAUAUUUGAAAUGUUCUAAAACCUAGCAAAGAUAUUUGCUAAGUCACAGAUAAUUAAUCAGCAAUACCUUCAAGAUACUUUACAGCCAUCUCCUGGAAGUGUCAAGUUCCCUGAGGCAGCACUUGUUAAGCACUGUGUACAUGUACAUGGUCACAGUUAGACACGCAACUUCCAGUACUAAGCAUGUUUUAUUUUAUACAUGGGAGCGGACAAUGAAAGGCAUGAGUUAAUUGCAUAAGGAGGAGGGAGCUGCUGUACGCAAAAUGCUACCAUUUCCUUUACCAGUGGUCAGCAAGAGAAGGCACACAGGCAUAGUGUACCAUGUGCCAUAUCAUAGAGAGGGUAUUAUUUAAAACCAGACCCUCAUGUAGUGUCAUAUCCCAGCAUUAUCAUAGUUUUAAACAAUCUAUUUUACUAUUUUCUAUUUUUAUCAGUGAAAGUCUACAAUAACAUAUGGCACUUUAACUGUUGUCGAUGUACCGCACAAAGACCUAUAGACUCAAGUACAUGCAUAUAAAUGGAUUAUAUUGUUUGUCUGUGUGUCUUUUUAUGGACCUUAUUCACUGGAUGUCAGUUUUACCCCCAAAUUCUCCCAUUUUCUCAGCAUAAGUCACCGAAAGUGGAUGUAAUUGUCAAGUAUCUCUUACCUAGCCUGUGCAAAUGUUAUGUGCUCUAGGCUUUAUUUAAGCAAACAUGGUUAUAUAUGCAACCACCAAAGGACAGAGAAAGUCACCCAUACAAAACUUGUAUAGAUAUCUCUAAUUAAGAUUUUCAGUUUAUAUAUAGUUGGAACACAGAUAGAUGCCAUCACUGUGUAUAUGUUUAUUGUUUAUUGGAUUGGUGUCUAGCUCUGUUGUCAAGUUUGGUUGGUUCCACUUGAUAAUAUUGCACUUUUAUUCAGUGUGAAGCAUGCUGCUAUGCUUCCCUCAUCAUAAUAGUGUGCACUAGUGAUUGAGAUUCCCUAAACACUGUAAAAAGUUUUAAAACUCUAUACUUUCGAAAAUGUUUUGCAGUUUAAUUACAAAACAUUUUAAGGCCAACUAAAUCAUGCUUGUAUGUUUAAUAUAAGUUAAAGCUGAAGUAUUGCAUGAGUUUGGGGCAGGAUGAUCUGUUUUUCUGACCAAUGGAGGAUGGGGCGUGUGUUCACAAAACCUGUUUGAAAACAAUUAUUUUGGCAAUUCUGUUUGGCACCACUAGUGGCACAGAAAUUGCACACUUCCACUUUGAUAUCAGAUGUUUGGCAUUAUAAUGGUAGGCUCUUAAGGUCCAGUCAGAUGUCAGCCCAUGCAUAGUAGUUUCAUACUAGUUAUAAAAGAGUGACAAUUUGCAGUAUUUGGAUGUUUGAUAAUCAGUGACCAAAGGUGUGUAUCUAAGUUGUUAUUGUGCAAGAGAGAUUUUCCACCAUGCCUUUUGAUUAUUUAUAUUGAGCACAAUGACUUAAUUAUAGUGUCUAGUUUUCUGGCAGAGUAGCACUCAUUUUAAAGCCAUUUAUUUCAACUGCAAUUAAAUACUGUUUCAGAAUAAGCCUAGGUUGUCGCUGAAAGGAAGUCAUUUUGUUAAUUUUAGGAUAUUUUCCACUUGAAUGACCUUACUGAAUACUCAAAACAACCAAAUUUCUUCCACCCUGUACACUGUAUGCUCUGUAUACAGGCUCAUAUUAUGUCAACUGUACUGGUACACAUCAGAAGAUGUCAGUGGCUUUCUAGACCUUAGGUAUACUAGACUUUUAAUUGUUUACAGACAGAACAGGUCACCAGAUCCCUUGGUUGCACUCACAGCUAGCAGUUUCAAAGCCUUUCCUGAGCCAUAUACGUGUGUGUGUGUGUGUGUGUGUGUGUGUGUGUAUAUACACACACACACACACACACAGACACACAUAUUAACACAUCACGGUUUUAAAAUGAAAUGUGUCACAGUUUUUUAAUUAUGUUAUGCAUAGUCUCAUUUUUGUGGUAAUGCCAUGGAUUUUUCGAUAUGUACAGUAACAUGGUAAUUCCAUGGUAUUCUUUGAAGUACCUUGGUAUUCCAUGCACUAUAGUACCUGGUACAUAUUUAUUAUUCAGUACCAUCAUAUAUUAAAGUACUAUAUCAAUUCGUUCUGUAACUAUCACUGUAACAUGGUACCACCGCAGUACUUUUUAUGUAAGGAAACACACAUAUAACGACUCCAAGGACAUUUUUCCUCUUAGCAAAAUAUUAAAACAAGGCUAAAUGAGACUAGUGGCAAAUAAUAGUAAAAUUCAGAAGACAUUCAAGAGGCUCUGCUCCAUUUCAGGAAUGUAUUCAGAUGAUGUAAACAGUAUUUUCAAGGGUGUUGGUUUGAGGUCUGUUAAACGCUUAGUGUCAGCCUGUUCCUCAUAAAAUCCCGUCUUUACACUUUACACAGUUUUUUUUUAAACACUGUGGCAUACUCAUACAGCCAUUUGAGACUCUUUAUGCCAAUACACAGUGAGCGAGUCUCUCGUUGCAGAGUUACACCCUGCCCUGCCGUACAGGCACUAAUCACAGGCUAAAUUUAAUGCUAACCUCUAAAUUUACCACCUGCUAAAAGGACCACUCUGUGUUUCUUGAUGGUCCUGUGAAAAUAGAGAAGAGAGGGACUUUUUUUUGCUCUAUUUUUCCUCUUCCUCCCCAAGAUAACCACAUCCUCAGGAUCAGCCUCUUUCUCGGAUAUGUAACGCUGAAUGCAGAAAGCUUUUUCUGUGUCUAGUCCGGAUGAUAUGCUAAAGUUAGCAUUAGCAUAAGGUUAACACAAAAAGUGCUUUAUUGAAUGCUGUGAGGAAUGGGGCUGUUAUUUGGUUAAAAAUUGAUAUCAGUGGUUCUCAAUUGGUUUUGCUUCUGGACCUAGAUUUUACCCUGGACAUCAAGUGGUGAUCAAAAACAUUACUAAAAUUGUUUAUCGUAGAAAAGUAACAAAAGUGUCCUUGAAAUCAAUAAUUGAAAUGUAAUUUUAGCGUGUAAUGUAUAGGCCCAACAAUAUGUAACACUGUUAACUUGACAUUAACCAAAUGGACAGUAUUGUAAAUACAUAAACAACAGCAGAGGUUUGAUUUACCAGAUUAACACAUGGAACAUGAGACAAAUAUUAGCCAUAUUUUUUGAUUGGACGCACAUUUUGCUAAAAAACAAAAAAACAAUAGUUCUAAUGGUUUCCACUACAAAUACCAUUACGAUUAUAGUUUGUUUGGGGCCAUAUUCCAUUCGGAUUUAAUGGUUUGUAUUGGUUGCAAUUACAGGUAUGUAUUUGUCCCUAAUGGUAUCCACUAAACAUAACAUGCCACCAAUAUUACCCGUAAAGACACACCAGGACAAUUAUAGUUCCCCUUAAAACCAAUACAGUUCCCAUUAAAACCAUUACAAUGUCUAUUAGAAUUCAGCAGAACAGCCUUUGAUGUUAACAACAAAAGAAAUGGGAUGUGUUGUGUCCUCCCAUUUAAACACUGAUAAGCCUAUUUAUUUUGCUAUGCUUAAUAUACAUGGUUAUAUGGGUAGCUAGUUGCAUUUUAUUAUUUGGAUUUAGCAUUGUUUCUGUCCACACUCUGUCAAAACAGACUUGGAAUCCAUCUGUGGGUCUUGACCUACCUGUGGAGAACCACUGGUUUUGAAAAUGACCAGUAUGCGAGGGAUGUGUGACACACCAAUUUAAUCCAACACAGUGUUCUCUUGUAUCUCAGGCAUGGUUUAUUGCAUUUAAUUUAGGGGGGAAAUAAUAGCAGCAGCAGUCAGCUUCAGAAGGCAACAAAGAUUACAGGGAGGAGUCUUCUUUUGAGACUUCUAUGAGCUAUGUUGUGUGAUAAUGGCUUGGGGGUGCUUUUUCCUUGUUUUCAGUGUUGAUCAUUCUGAAACAGCUUCUCUAAAUGGAGUCUGGUGCUCCCUUUUCCCCAUGGGAAAUUUUUAUGUCAGCCGUUGUAGCACAUACUGAUUAAAUGACCAUGUCAAUUAGAACUGGCUUGUAACCUAGCCGGUGAAAUAUUGCUUGAUACAUGCACGCAUACUCAAAUGUAACCAUAAUUGUUAAAUGUUGGUUUUCUAGCCAUAUGAUUAUAAACGGUCUAGAAUUUGAUUUCAUGGUUUAAAGCAAUGUGUAAGUUAGAGUGAAUUAUAGAAUGCACUAUAUACUACAGACUGGCAAGGGCAGCAGUUGAUCUUGAACUUAUAUAUCCUUCUGUUUAGAGCUUAACUCUUUCGGUUCUCCUUAAGGGCCAGUGUUUAAGCUUUGGGGCCCCAUUUAUAAAGAUGUGCAUCUUUAUAAAAAUAUGAAUGCACAAUAAUUUCCUUAAUGUUCAUAUGAACAUUUCAUAAAACGCACAUUGCAGGUUUCUGCCCAUAUUCUCAAUUAAGUAUGACUAAGUUCGGAAUAUCAAAAUACGGAAACACUUUACAGUAAGGUUGUAUUUGUUAACAGUAGUAAAUGCAUUAGAUGUCAUGAUUAACAUUGAACUAUAUAUAUAUAUAUAUAUAUAUAUAUAUAUAUAUAUAUAUAUAUAUAUAUAUAUAUACACCACCGGUCUGUUGAAUGCUUGAUUCUGAUUGGUUCACAGACGUUCUAUGGUAUGCAAUUAUUUUUCAAGUAUACGCACGGCUAUAAAGUAGUUCCAGGUCUUGGCCGCAUAACGGUUCCAUAUCACUUCGCCAAAUUAUUUCAGUUAUUUAAAAGAGCCCUAUGGGCUACCACAACAAAAUAACCAUAUAAACAAAGUCAUUGGUUAAAGUAAAUCGGUUAAGAACGUCAAACAAUGUCUAAAAUAUCCUACGUAUAUUUCAAUUUCGGUUAAAAAGAGCCCUCGCGCUCCCUCGUCUCCCCCGCACUUACACACACACACACAGAGAGAGAGAGAGAGAAAAGCAGCGCAAGCCUCCGUUGUUGGUUCUGAAGCGACGUUUUCGAAUUCGCAACGAAGGCUUGAGCUGUAUCAGAGCAAGAUACACUUGAUCAAUACAACAGUUUCAAUAUGAUCUGAGAUAUCUGUGGUAAAAACCCUGGCGCUCCCCCUCUCUCUCUCACACACACACACUCCCACACUCGUGGACACACAAUAUACGCGUAACGCACACACUUAAGUCGAAGGCUGCGACUGAAUUAAAGCAGGACGUUGAUUAUGUGGCGGAAGAAAGUAGUUCCACUCACAAGAGCGUUUUAGGGACAAAAACCAGAAAAUGUCUUGAGAUAAAACCCUGAACGAUGUCUUAAGUUGUGGUAACCGUGGUAUAAGCGGAACAAUUGACUCCGGCCCGUUGAAAUGUUUAAAAAUAAUGCACACCCGAGGUGCAAUGGUCACUGCGCUGUGCGUUGUGACCGCAUUACCACCUCGGGUGUGCAUUAUUUUUAAACAAUUAAACGGGCAGGAGUCAAUUAUUCCUUACAUAUAUAUUAUAGCAUUUAUUAAUUUAGGUUAAUGUUAAAUUAAGCCAAUGAAAAUACAAUUGUUAGUUCAUAAUGCAUUUACAAAAAUUAACAUAUAGAACUUUUCAUUUUAAAAAUGUAUUAGUUUAUGUUGAAAUUAACAUUAACCAAGAAGAUUAAAAAGUGCUGUAAAGGUAUUGUUCAUUGUUAGGUCAUGUUAACUAAUGUAGUUAACUAAUUUUAACAAUUGCAAACGUAUUCAAAAGUGUUGCCCAAAAUAUUAUUGUGCAUGCAAAUGUGGUCACUAAUAUAUUCAUUCAUUCAUUCAGUCACACAAACAAACAUGCACUGGCAUACCAAACAAAAAAUACAUUUUCAUGUUUGUUUCUUUCCUUAUAAAUAAGUUGUUCGUCACAUUUAACGUAAUUUAUAAUCCAUUGAAUUUAUUAUCAAAUCUGAUUUUAUAAAUCAGGCCCCUGAUUGUUUUGACUUUGGUUCUCAGUGUCAACAUUAGUUUCAAAAAGUGUUGUUUAAUAGUUUUAUGCAAGCAGGGUAGCAUUUAACAAGAUGUUAUUUUUUACAUACAGUGAGUCAUACAGUAUCUCUAAUACACAAUGAGUGUGAUGUAACCAUGGUCGCAAUCCUUUGUCACUUUAAUGCUAUAGGUGCACGCUUGUAGCAGUAUGUACAGUAUGUGGGUGCUGUGUUGAUAGGGCUUGACGAUAAUGGGGGCUAAUGACUGUCAUUCUCCCUUCACGACGCCUUAUACAUUCUGACCAAUCACAACAGCCUUCUCAGCUACCACAGACUAACACAUCUCUAAUAAAACACGUAUCACCAAAUAUUGUUCUCUGUUCUCAUUUUAUUAACUAUUGUCCAGAUGAAAGAGUUGUAUUUAGGAAACAGUGAUGUUCACAUUUUAGUUCUUGUGUUUGUUGUCUCUUUCCUCCACCUCUGAAUAUUUCUUUGACUUGUUUUCUUUUAUUCUUUACAUAACCUGUUCAUUGUUACAGCCAAUGCACUUGUAGUUGUCACUCUUGGUGCUUUGUGAAUGCUUCUUUGUCUUAAUAUUAUUAAUAAAAGUAUUGAGUGUAUUCCAUACAGUAAAUCUGUCCACAGAUUGGGUUCUUUCAUCUGCUUUUGAAAUCAUUUUAAUAAAUAAAAUUAAACAAUAAAUAAUGAAAAUAAUUAUCAGGUAAAUAAUUAAAAGACGUCAUCCUCCAACUGCUUUUUGAUCUAAUAAAUAGUUCAAAAUAGCCAUGUAUGUUUUCUGUCCAACAAUAGGGACAAUGUUUCACAAUCCAAUCUGUCACAUUGUGGAAGGAAAUUGGGUUACAAGUGCAGUUUCAUGUUGACUUUAUUGACAAUUUAUAUAUAUAUAUGUUUUAGAAAUUGUUUUUCAAUACAUUCCGUUGUUCA